GUUAUCACUCUUCCCCGCACGCGGUGAACUUUGUGAGUGUGGUCCAACAGCGACCCAUCGGACUGACCCCGCCCCCUUUCCAAACUCAUGUUCGUAUCUCAGAGGCGUCUCCAUUCAAGUCACUUGAGCGAUCUCAUACAAUGGCCAAAAUCGUCUUGAAGCAUCCUAAAGGCUCAUCAGUUGAACUGCUUCUAUACGGUGCUACGAUCUUAUCCUGGAAAAGUCCCUCUGCAGGGGACUCCACUCCGACGGAGCGGUUGUUUGUGUCUUCGACAGCUUUCCUGGACGGGAGCAAACCAGUCCGAGGCGGUGUUCCUGUCGUAUUCCCGUGCUUUGGAGCCCCUGCACACCCUGAACACAUGAAGCUUUCCCAACAUGGCUUUGCGCGGAAUUCCAUCUGGCUUUGGGAUCAAGUCACUAAAGAGGAAGACGGCAGGGUCGCUGUUACCCUUACCCUUGAGCCCACCGAAGCUAUCAGAUCAAUCUAUGAGCGUCCAUUCCAUCUUACCUUUGAGGUUUCGCUGGGUGAAUAUGACCUUUCCACGGAAUUGCACGUCAAAAACACUGCGACUGCUACGGAUUCUACUCCGAAUUAUCUCGAAUUUCAAGCCCUCUUCCACAAUUACAUUCUCGUUGCCCCAGCUGACGUCGGCGACGUCCGGGUUACCCCCUUGCAAAACCUUACGUAUUUUGACAAGACGGAGGCGACUGACGAAGGAAAGGCCACUGGCAAGAUCGAAAGCAGAGCUGGCGUGGAUGUCAAGAAGUUUACCGAUUCCGUUUACCAAGAUGCUCCACAAAAUUAUGAAAUUACGUGGCCAGGCUCUGGCAUCGCCAUCAAAACGACCAAUCUGAAAGAUGUGGUUGUCUGGAAUCCUCAAGCCGAAGCUGGAAGCAAGAUUGGAGAUAUGGAGAAGGGAGGCUGGGAGAAAUUCAUCUGUUGCGAGCCUGGUCAAGUCCGGGGCUUUGCCAAGGUGGCUCCCGGAAUGACCUGGUCUGGGAAGCAAGUCAUGUCGGUCAUCCAGCAUGCCAGACGGCAUCAGUGAGUCGCAGAAACACAAUAGAUUAGAAAAUCAAGUCAAAUGUAACAACACAUAGAUCAUCAAUGUAGAUUUAUCAAAUUUAAAGCCAAGUUUACUUGUCACUCUUGUACAAUCAGAAGUCCAA